UUACAGUGGGAGGUUUGCUGUGUCAUUUCUCUGCCAUGUUGGUAGCUUUGCAUUUAAGCCACUGGACUCUUGUCUAGAUGGACAUUAGAUCAUAUCCUAGCACUGCUAAUCUGCCACUGGCAAUGCUGUAAAUGUGAGUCUCUAAGGAAUCAGCUUAUUGUUUUUAAUUGAAUAGUUUCUGUCCAUCUUUUGAAAUCAAUGAGCCUAUAAACUGGAGAGUAGAAACUACCUAGAUGUGCUAAUGAAAACUUUUGUGACAUUGGAGUCUACUAUCCUUUGAUUACCAAAGCCUUCUUUAUCCAUUAUUCUUCAUUUAAGUCCACUUUUUCACCAAUCAUGUUUUCUCCUACUUAUAACAAUUGCUAAAUUCAAAUGUUAAUCAUUAAAAUAUACAGAGACUGAAAAAGGUUUUCAGCCUAGACAUAAAGUAACACUUAUCCAUAAAAGGGAACAAAGAGUCAUUAUUUCCAGUAACUAAUAAAUCUCUCACUCUCUCUGUCUCUGUUUCUCUCCAGUGUUGACCCUUGGAUUUAAGUUUUCACUUACCUGCAGUAGCUUCUGUGUACUGGCUCUAUCACUUUUUGUGGGUGUCUAAUUUCGUGGUCUUCCUGUUCUUUAGCAUUACUGCUUGAUCAUGUAAUGAAUAAGAAGACAUUCUUACUGAUUUGAUUGAGACAUUUGAAAUAACUAUUUUCCGCUACUAAGUCUGCCCACUUAUGAUUCAGUUCAUUUUUUUCUGAAAAGAUGAAGAUGACAUUCUACAUUAUUUUAAAUCUCAUCCUGCUCCAAACCCUCACGUCAUCUUCUGAUUCAGCCAAUCAGACUGAAUUGACUAUCACAAAAGAAGAGGAAGUGGUGGAGUCAUCGGGCAGCCGUUGUUGGGGUUACUAUGAUGUGAUGGGCCAAUGGGACCCACCCUUUAACUGCAACGUUGGUAUGUACAUUUUUUGCUGUGGCUCAUGUUAUUAUCGCUUCUGCUGCCAGUUCAAAGGUCACAGUCUUGAACAGACUAGCUGCUCCAAUUAUGACACACCUGCCUGGGCCAAUACAGGGAAACCUGCCAGUGGCAAUGAUGCCAGCAAUGCUAAUGCCAAAACAAAUGCUAACACUAACAAUGUACCCAAGCCAGACCAGAUGCACAUGAUUGUAUAUGUGAUCUGCGGCGUAGUGGCCAUCAUGAUGCUCGGAGGAAUCGGUGCCAAACUGGUUCUGGAGAGGAGCCGCAGAGGAACUGGGGAUACCAGCAACACAAGAACCUUGACAGAUAGGCUGAAGCUGCCAGGUGAGGCAGAAUGCAUGGUCAGAGGGGCAGGGCAUCACCCAGUCAGAACUAAUGGAAUGCCUGGGCACCAGAGGACUAAUAAUGACAGUACAACAGCCAGAGACUACUAUAGGAGUUUCCCACUGAUGGACCGCACAAACCGCCAAUCAUCACCUACGACUUUCUACCCCAUUGCUUUUCAGUCCAAUGAAAAGCCUUUCCUCCUUCCACCAGAGAUCCACAUUCCUGUCACUAACAACAUGACACCCUCCCAGAAGUCUAAGAUUUCCAACACCCAUCCCCUGACCUCCAUCUCAGCCUUUCCUGCAUGGGAACCCAGUAAGAGUACUGCUAGUACUACUACCCAGAGUACUGCUCAGUAUGUCUCUCUCACUGUUCAACCACAGCGAUCAAUGUCCCAGCCCAACAGUCAUGGCCACACCUACUUAAACAAGCUCCAGUUUAGAACAGAGACCCUGCCAGAAGCAUUCUAUCCACCACUGGGGUACGGACGUUCCCCUCAGGUUCUUCCCAAACACAAAGGACUUUACACAAACAGCAAGACAGAAGUGACCGUGUGAAAAACAGAGCAAGGGACAGAGGAAAAAGAUUAGAGGAAUGUGAAAGAGUAAGAGAAAUGACAAACUGAGCUUUGUAUAAUAGCUUGGAAAAGAGUUUCAUAAGAUGCAAUACAAUAACUAUUUUCCCUCAAUGCAAAAUAAGCAGAGGAAUUAUUUUGGUAUUUUUUGCUAUUUCUUGUUUGUUAUGAAGAGCAUUAAAAGAAGAAGUAUAGUCUUUAUUUGUCACAUAUACAUUACAGCCCAGUGAAAUUCUUUUCUUCGCAUAUCCCAACUUGUUAGGAAGCUGGGGUCAGCCAUGAUACCGUACCCCUGGAGCACAAAGGCUUAAGGGACCCAAGGGCCCAAGAGUGGCAGCUUGGCGAUACUGGGCUUCACUCCCCCCAUUAGAAUACAAAUAGGAUGAAUCAUGCUCAGAGAAAGUUUAUUCUUGGUCACAUCUGGGCAUUCUUUCUUAAUUUAUUUUUACAUUUCCACCAUGUCAAUCACUUGACCAAUCCAGUAAAUGAAACAAUUCUAAACAUAGUGGAAAGGCAGUGCAAUGUCAGACAUUUCCACAGAAAUAUGCAUGGAACUGUGCUGCCAACUCAAAUUAACUUCCAACUAACACUCAUAUGAGCAGAUCUGGAGUGAUAAUAAACAGUAAACACUUACACGUCAUUUUAGCGCAGACAUAGAUGGAGUUCAACUGCGGAUAAACUACACAUCAUCAGUGGUGAAUUGGAUUUGGAGUGUGAACAGCAACUAAAAUUAGAAAACAGUCUCUUCUGGAGUUCAGGACUGAGUGGGAUAAAGUAUUGACUGGAUAAUAUUUGUCCACAGAAAGUAUUUGAAUUCAGACUGCUGCUGCAAAAAAAUUAAAUCUUAAACAGGUAUUUUAUAAAAAAUAAACCAGAACAUUUACCGCACUCAGUACUAACAAAGAAAAUAAUCUAGAAGUGUAAUUAACCCUAACCCUAGUUACAUAAUUUUUUUUAGUACAUUUGGAUUCUGACCAUUUUCUCAAUUGGUCUCAGGUGUAACAUGGUGUGAACCUUACUCAAGCUGUUCCUUUUAUCAAAAUGUUUAGGACAAAACAUGAUCACCUGUGAAAGUCACAGGUAAUAAAAGGUCAUGAUCUCAUAUGUUUGAGAAUCAUUAGUAACAGCUGUCACCCGAGAACAGCAUCAGAAGAGGUCAGGAUAGAAAACAUUGUCUCAAAUUCUUUGUUACUGAUAUAGAUUCAGUACCGCUAGAUCUUGGGUUAGGGUUAGCAACGAUCCUCCAUUU